GUAUAUAUGGCAAAAGCAGUGAGGAGUGAGUUACUCGAUCGAAAAAUGGAUCUUGCACCGUGUUCGUGUGCGAUUUCACGAACUUUGAUCGUGGCACGGUGCCUGUAAAAUAAUAUUACGGCUUAACGGUUACGCGUAUACACUAAACAAUUGUGAAUAAUUAUUUAUAAAAAGAAAGACUAAAUUAACACUGUAAAUAUUUAAUUAUCAUAAUAUAUAUAUUAAAAUUUACAGAUGGUCAAUGAACAUUAUUAUUAUCAUCAACAUUAUUAUCAUCAUCAUCAUCAUCACUAUCGUCAACAUCAUCAUUGUGAGAAUAUCAAGUCAUCCAAUUUCCAUUGAUAGUAUUUAUAGUUUAUCCCGGUUUAUUUUUACAUUUAACAAGACUAAAGAUAUAAAAAUGCAAUCUACUACCGGCUGAGGAUUUGUUUCUUUUUUUUUUUCUUUCAUUUUUUUUUUCUUAUGUUGGUGGUUAACGUCUCUGUGAGGUCACAGAGAAGUUGGGUGAAAUAAGGGGCAUCCGUGUUGUUAUUGGAAUAAAUCAGAGAUAAAUAUUUAAAUAAAAGAUAAAUAUAUAAUUAUAUGAUAAUUACUAUAUUAAUUAAUUAAUAAUAAUAAUAAUAAUAAUAAUAAUAAUAAAAUGAAUACGAUGGAGUCAGCGAUAACUGGUCGAAGACGUGCUGCUAGUCGGCAUUCUGCUGAGGAUCAGGCUCUUGAUCAAAUAGCAAAGGAGGCUGGUGAGAGAUUAGCAGCACGAAGACAAGCCAGAGCUGAAGCACGAGAAAUACGAAUGAGAGAGUUGGAGAAACAGCAGAAAGAAGCUGAACAAAACGCUGAUCGUGUUUAUGAUAUGUGUAAUGCUGAUGGAACAAGGACUAUGAGGGUAACGCCAGAUCCUGUAAGGGCUUCACGCUUAUUAACAAAUUCAAAUAAUUUUCAGUCAAGUCGUAGGUCUUCCGAAGAUUCCUUAGAGGAUGCUGGUCAAAGUAGAGAUUUAAGAUUAGAGCUUAAAGAGCUCGAAGAGAAAUUUAGGAAAGCAAUGAUUGCCAACGCUCAACUUGAUAAUGAAAAGUCGUCUUAUGUUUAUCAAGUGGACUUAUUGAAAGAUCAACUAGAAGAAUCGGAAGAAUCGGCUGCUACAAUACGGCGAGAACUCAGGGAAAAAACUAGUGAGGCUAAGUUACUUCAGCGCGAUUGUCAACGAUUGAAGGAGGAUUUUGAAAUGUGCAAAACAUUGCUGGAGGAAAGAGAUAGACUUAUAGAAGAAAAUGGGUUGGUUAUUAUUGAGGAUGAGGUCAGUGAUGACGAAGAUGCAGGAACGUCCAAUGGAAUUGUAAAUCGUAAAAAAAAAGUACUAGUCAGUACGGAAGCUGCUGAAUUGUUACAGAAUGCUGGUGAAGGAUCUUUGGAUGUUCGGUUGAAAAAGUUUGGUGCGGAAAAAAAAGAACUACAAGAUGAAAUUCGACACCUAAGAUUAGAAUUGGAAGAAGCCAAAAGUCGAUUAAGAUCCGAAAGAUCGUCUGGAUCAGUAUUAGACUCAGAAGACGUCCAAAGGGAAGCGAAUAAAUUAUUGGCGGAUUACAAAUUUAAAUUACAAAAAGCCGAGCAAGAUAUGUCGACGUUACAAGCGACUGUCGCGAGAUUAGAGAGUCAAGUUAUCCGUUACAAAUCUGCGGCAGAAGCUUCUGAAAAAGCUGAAGACGACUUGAAAGUCGAGAAACGAAAAUUGCAGAGAGAAGUAAGAGAGUCACAGGGUCGUGUUGAAGAAUUAGAAACAGCAAAUUCACAUUUACAAAGACGAUUAGAUAAAUUAAAAAAUGCAAAGUCCGCGUUGUUAAAAGAACUCUGACGCGACGGUAAUCCCGGCGAGACCGGAUAAAAUUAUUAUUUUACUUCUGCUACAACAAUUAAGGUGAUACUAGUGGUUUGUACCUUUCAUACAAAGAUGAUAAAAAUAUAAUAACUAACAAAACAAAACAUAAAAAUCAUCAUUUUUCACUAA